CUGGCAACCGGCCGGGCCUCUCGCGCACGGCCGUUGCUGCAUCCUGGCACUUUACCUCCAUCCUGGUAACUCACAAGUCCCCGGACCAAAAACAGGAAGUGAACGAUGAGCUCGGCAGCAGAGGACGAGGACGCUGCGGCGUUGGAAACCGUCAACUCCGUCACGCUCACUCAGGACAGCGAUGGAAGCAUCAUACUGCACUGUCCUCCCAACGAUGAGGACUCUGAGCCCCUUCAGAAGAAAUUGCGUCUCUCCACGGAUGAACAGGAAGACUCAGAAACACCACAGUUCUCUGUGGUCACCUUACCAAUGUCGGAGAACGAUGAGAGCUUUGAGGUGACGAUGACGGCCACAGCAGACGGGGAUCUUUCUGAGGAGGGUGUUGCUCAGAUUCAGAUCCUGCAGGAGGAGGAGGAGUCGCUCUCCCCCGGUGAGAAGACAGAGGUUUCACCUGUCAGUCAGGCCUGGUUUACGACUAAAGAAGACAAAGAUACGCUGGCUAACAAGGGUCAUAAGUGGAAGCAGGGAAUGUGGUCUAAAGAGGAGAUCGAUAUUCUCAUGAGCAACAUCGAUCGAUAUGUGAAGGGCAGAGGCAUCGAGGACCCAGCAGAGAUCAUUUUUGAGAUGUCUAAAGAGGAGAGGAAGGAUUUUUACCGCUCAGUGGCGUGGGGGUUAAACAGGCCGCUGUUCGCCGUCUACAGACGAGUUCUACGUAUGUACGACAACCGAAACCACGUCGGCAAGUACACUCCAGACGAGAUAGAGAAACUAAAAACGCUGAGAGAGAAGCACGGCAACGACUGGGCAACUAUCGGAGCAGCUCUGGGUCGCAGUGCCUCCUCUGUUAAAGACCGCUGCCGACUGAUGAAGGACACGUGCAACACAGGUAAGUGGAGUGAGGAAGAGGAGAGACGGCUGGCUGAGGUGGUGUACGAGAUGGCGGGCGUGACGCCGGGCUCUGCGGUCACGGGCGGCGUCUCCUGGGCGUCGGUCGCCGACCAGGUUCGCACGCGCUCAGAGAAACAGUGUCGGUCGAAAUGGCUGAACUACCUGAACUGGAAACACAGCGGAGGGACGGAGUGGACGAAGGAGGACGACCUGAACCUCACACGCAGGAUUUUGGACCUGCAGGUGGAAGAUGAGAAUGAAAUCAAGUGGGAGGAUCUUGCAGGCGGGUGGAGCAGCGUCCGAUCGCCCCAGUGGCUGCGAUCCAAGUGGUGGAGCAUCAAGAGACAAGUAGCCAAUCACAAGGAGAUCCCCUUCGGCGUCCUCCUGAAGGCUCUCCACGAGGUGAUGGCGUCCUCGCAGACGGCAGCCGGACCAGGAAGUCCCUCCUCGUCCUCGCUGCAGAUCCGACUCACCCGGUUAGAGGAGAGCGGCGGCGGCGGCGGCAGCCCCGCCCCCAGCUCCGUGGCGGCGCUGCAGAUUCCCGUACAGAUCCCGCUGCAGAUCACACACCUGGCUUCAGAUUCUUCAGCAGCAGCCAGCGACAGUGAAACCAUCACUCUGAACACAGGAGCCCUGCAGACCUUCGAGAUCCUGCCUUCGUUCCACCUGCAGCCCACCGGCACCCCGGGGACCUACUACCUCCAGACGACGUCCAAUCAGAGCCUGCCGCUCAGCCUCUCCACCAGUCAGGGCCUUCCUCUCAGCUUAGCCAAUAACAGCACAGUUACCCUGACGACAGGCUCUUCGCCGUCAUCACAUGAACACAUCAUCCUUCACAGCCUGUCGACGGACGGCCUCUGCUCCAGCGAUGGCGUCAUCAUCCAAACUGUCACCUCUGACCCUGCCUCCUCAGAUCCUCUCAGCCAAUCACAGCUUGUUGCAGAGACGGAGGGGCGGAGCCAGGACGAUCACCUCGAUGCCACAAGUCUCCUGGAAGGUUCGGAGAGCGUCGUCACGGAAACUCAGGAGUCAAUGGCUGAUGGCUUCACUGACAAGGAGCUGAGUUCCCCCUCGGUGGAGGGUCCAGUGGUGCAUUCUGGGAUCACAUCUGGCAGCGCCGUCCUGAUUGUCUCGCCGCCCAACAUCAGCAGCACACUGACAGAUCCCAUCUUGGAGAACCAGGAAGGCUCCGACUAAUCCGAGACCCUCAUCACGGCUGAUGUUGUGAAAGGACUGACUACAGCUUGGUGAAAUCGCUGCUGAACAGGUCGAUACCGACGACGACGACAGCACACGUCUGCACGGUGUGUUGAACUGUGAGUUAAAGUCACUGACCUCCCAGACUCCCUUCCUGUGUUAAACCAGGAAGUAAACAUUUUUAAAACCUACUUGUGCGACUGUAAGUGAAACAGAACUCGGCCCCUGGAUGAAAUGUGAAUGCACGGCCAUCGGCGGACAUUUUUACGGCUCCCUGCGGCGCCACAGAGACUCUAAAGGCUGUGAUGGAUGGAUGUAAUAAUGGACACUCUUGAGUUUUCUUCAGGCGCAAACAUGAACUGACCCUUAAAACAACCAUGAUCGUAAGUACGUAGAAUUAUGUAAACAUCUGUGUCACAAAAACAUGAAGGUAAAAUUCUAAAUGGCAACUUGGAUCAGUCCAAUUUGUUCAUGGAUCAUGUGAUUUAAAAAGUUGUCUUUCGCUUUCUAUUAAAGGAUCAGUGUUUAGGAUUUAGUGGCAUCUAGCGUCCUCCAAGCAUGUAGGAAAGGCCCUCUCUAGAUCCAGUGUUUGGUUUGUCCAU